CUCUAUAUAAACCCUUUCAUAAAUAUCUCUCCACUCCACACAACACAACCAGCCAUGGCCUCUCUCCUCCUCCUCGUCGCCACCGUGUCUCUCCUCUCCUCCCCGGCAUUGUCUCUCACCUGCAAAACUCAAACAUUCUCCAAACACAACCUCACAUUCGCCAACUGCACCGACCUCUCCACACUCGACGCCUCUCUCCACUGGAACUACGACGCCGCGGCCAAGCCGAUGCCCACGCUCUCCAUCGCCUUCACCGCUCCGCCCGCCAAGCCCGACGGCUGGGUGGCGUGGGCCCUCAACCCGACCGCCACCGGCAUGGUCGGCGCCCAAUCGCUGCUCGCCUUCGCCGCGCCUAACGGAUCCACGCUGGUCAAAACCUACAACAUCACCUCCUACGGCCCGAUCUCCGAGUCGCCGAUCUCCUACCACGUGCUCAGCAAGAGCGCCGAGUCCUCCAAAGGCGCGAUCACGAUCUUCGCCACGCUGGCGCUGCCGGAGGGGAGAGCGGCGCUCAAUCAGGUCUGGCAGGUCGGAUCGGCGGUCGUCGACGGCGUGCCGGCCAAGCACGCAUUCGCGCCGGAUAAUUUGGCCUCCAAGAGCACUCUGCAGCUCGCGGCCGAGGUGGUGCCCGGAGGUGGUGCCCCGGCGCCUGCGCCGGGUUUCGCGGCGGCGCCUGGCGGUGGACAGAGCGGAAAUGUUAACGGAGGUGAGAGAGCGUGGGGGAGUGGAUUGGGGGUGUUUGGGAUUUGUGUGAUGUUUGGGGUUUCCAUUUUUGGAUUUUAGAUAAUUUAUCCACAUUGCUCACGAGAAUGGUUAACACAUUUUUAUUUAUUUUACUGUCUUGGGUUUUUUUUUAGCUUUUGUAAACGACAUUUUGAAAUAAAAGUUUUGUUUUGUUU